GAGGUAGUUUUAACCGUUAGGCGCAGCCACUGUAUCACGGUGCGAGAGGCAAAACGCGUGUAUGCUGGUUUUCAUCUCACAAAACGGAAUAAACUAACACACCGACAUGGAUUUGGACUCCAUGAAAUAUGCAGAGUUGCGAAGCCUUGCCAAGGAGCUCGGGAUUAAAGCAAACUUGAAGGCCGACAAACUCCUGAAAACGAUUAAGCAGCAUUAUCAACAAGAACAGGACAAAAAGGAGGAGGGGCAGGGACAAGAUAAGAAUGUGGCUGCUGUCCAAGAGGACGAAAAUGCAGGACAAGACAAUAGUCAGAAAAAUAAAGAUGCAUCUUUCAAGGAAGACGUUUCCAGCACCGCUGCGUUUGUGAACACACGCCGAGGCAAAGGAAACGGUACCAAGAGAAAGAUCUCUGAUGCUGCAAGAGAGACUGAGUGUGAUGCCAAGGGUGACACUGAAGUGGCUGCAUCUACUGCACCCUGUGGUGCCAGGGGUGCCAAGAAGAGAAAAGUGUCUUCUGCCAAAGAUAAUCAUGAAACUGAACCUCCCAAGGAGCCCCAGGCCACUGACAGUGAGCAGCAGCAGCAGGCCAACAUCAAGGAUGAAGCAUCUAUGCAUGAUGAAAAAAAAGCAGUGGCCAAAGCUGGUAAAAUCCCUCGCCUCCAGCAGAAGAGCAAACAGCUGUUGAAGCCAGUCACUCCUAACUUCAAAAAACUCCAUGAGGCUCAUUUUAACAAGAUGGAGUCCAUUGACUCAUAUGUCCAGCGGAAGACCAAGCAGAUGGAGUCCUACAGAAAUUCAGUUAAAGAGCUGAAGAAUCUUUCGGACAAAACUAAACUGUUGCAAUUUGAGGGCAAAACCCAAGCGAAGGCAAAUCAGAAUCGCGCUUCCAUGCUCAGUCCUGCUCUGGUGAAUAAGAGACAAGCUGAUGACAAACGCAGACACACUUUGCUCUCGGCCAGUAAAGCUCCUCCAAAUAAAGCUGCUGGGAAGGAAGCCGCUCCGUUCAGACCGUCUGUCCUUUCCACUCGCAGGAUCAAUGUUCGGUUCUCAGAGGCCACCCAUGACAAUGAACAUAAGAGAUCCUUGGUGAAGACGCCGGCACGCAUGUCACCUUGUGUGACCACGAGCACCCCUCACAAACAAACUGAUGCAGUGAAGCCCAACAGUGUCAAGACUUCAACUUUCUCUGCCACAAAAACUCCAGGGCCAUUUGUUUUCACUGGCAACACAAGUACUUCAAUAACUCCUGGAACACAAAAAAAGCAGACCUUUGAUCUGAAGGCGAGUCUGUCUCGUCCCCUCACCUACAAGCCUCAUACAGGUAAACUGAAGCCCUUUGGAGAGUCCAAAGAAAACACAGCAGCAGCAGGAAACAAGUCUCUGAUCUCAAACUCGCAUCAGAAAAAUUACAAACAGCACCAAGUCCAAACAAGGGAGAACAGGAGAGCAAAACACAUGGAAGACCGGAAGCAGAAGAAAGAGAAUAUGCUUGGGGCAAGAAGAGGCCUCGUCAUGAUGUAAAAAUAUUGCGCUUGUUUGUAGACAUUGUACAGCCUGUUCCACUGUAAAUAUUUUGUUGUCUGCAGCUGAUAAUUUUAUUCCUGCUCUCUUUUAGCCUGCUGUUAUGAAAGUAGACAAGCUCUUUUAUCAUUCUACUAACCUACUGUGCAGUGUUUUUAGAUUUGACUUGUGUGUUAAUUGAAACACUUUUUUAGCUCUGAAUGAUGCAUUUGUGUAUUCUGAUAUGUAGACAAUUGAUGUCCUGUUGUGCUGCAUUUGAAAUUUGUAAUUUUGUUCUUAAAAAUUGGAUAAGCUUUGUGUUUUUGAGAGGAAAGACGUUGACACAAAAGAUUCUCUUGUCUGCAUUCUCCAAUUAAAUUUGCUAUUGCUGUUUUUUAAA